AUGUUGACUGCCACCCGAAACGAACGAAUCGACAAUUACAGCCCGACAGACAAUCCGCAGCUACCGGGAAAGAUACCCGCCGACUGCCACAACGUCGGACCUGUCGAUCAACGCAUCCUGCGCCGUGAUCGGGUCAAACCAGUGUACAUUUUUCUCCUCUUCUGGUUCCAACUAUUCAACGGGUUUUCCGGGAGCAAUGCGAUCGAUCAACUAUCACAAAUCCUGUUCAGCAUCACAUUUACUGGCCUCCCAUCCCUGUUGAUGGGUAUCUGGGAUAAUCCGAUCGAUGCGGAUACGUUGUUGGCGAAUCCGGUCCUGUACCGUGCCGGAAUUCAAGGACGAAUUGUGUUCCACUUGGUCGGUUUAAUUGCAAGCUAUCUAGUUCUGUGGGUGUUUUUCACCAUGAUCUAUCACUCGGUGGCCGUGGUCGGCAUCUCACCGGAAUCCCCAUAUCGUGUCAUUUUCAUGGCCAUGAAUGACGGACCGUUUUGGUUGCUCACCUUGGUCACCACAGUGACCGCUCUACUCUUGUUGAUCACUUUGAAAAAUACAUUUCAUCCAAGUUGGGAUACAAUUGCCGGUCUCUUGGCCAAACGAUACGGUUACGGUAAACGACUUCCAUUGGAACCGUACAUUUUUGGCACAUUCGCCCAGAUCCCCGUCUCCCCGAAACUCACACCAACACACGAGCUCAGUCGAACCGAAUCUGUCCGGACUACACCUUCCCGGAUCACUCCACGUGAUUCUGUGGAUGCCGCGGAUCGUGCUGCAUACGGUUCGCAUAUCUCUAUCUCCAGUGUGAUUGAGGGCACCGAGCCCACCGAACAGACUGCCCAAUUUAUGUCUCGUAUGGGUCAACUGUUCACAGUGAGCGGUCGUCUAUUGCGUGGCGUUCCUCCGUCUCCGACACUCCAAGGCCCAGAAGACAGUACCCUGAACACGAUUCGUUUAAAUCCGUCCCGAGACAGUCCGUUGUCCAUGGUCAAUCUUCGUACCGGUCCAUCGCACGUGGCUAUCGACUUGCGACGACGGCGACGUCAUACCCAGACCAUUCAUCAUACACACACGCCCAGACAUUUGCGUCAUUUAGGCUUGGGUUCCUCGAACAAUUUCGAUGAUGAUGCUGGGAGACCUGUGAAUCCGGUGAUUUGGCCCGCGGUCAAUCCGAACGUACGAGUGCAUUCGUUCAGCUCCCGACACUACUCGACUUCUCGAUCACGACCGGAUAUGAUGGAGAUUAUACACCAUAAUCAAGCCUCCAGUCUGCCUUUGAAUACUACAAAUGUCGAGCAUGCUUUCCGCCCAAAUCCGUACCCCUCAUCGGACGCGUAUACUCCGCCAUCCGGAUGGGCUGAACAGUCGUAUCGAGCACAGUGGUUUUACACGCCCGAGCACCCGGUGCUUGAUCGGGGCUUGUUCGAUCCACCUCCACCGUACAGUCUGGAUGAUUUGCCUGAUCCACAGGAACGCUCCCGUCCGUCGGACACGAGCUACCGGGCACAACAGAGUCGGGUUGUCGACGCACGUGGACACUCAUCAACAUCGCCUUCACCCUCAUCCUCCUCGGAUACGGGAGCUCGGUAG